UGGCUUUCACUUCCACUUUUAGCAGGUGGGUGGAGUAGCCUCCUGUGGACUAAUCAGAUUCCUCCUCAACCCCAACUUCAAGAGGAGAACCAGGGGUUCAGGGUCCCAGAUACACAAGGAGCAGCGGCAGCAGGAGGCGUGGGGAAGACCAGAGGCCAGAACCAUGGAAGACCAGCGUGACCUCAUCUCCAACCACGAGCAGCUGCCCAUGCUGGGCCAGCGCCCUGCAGCCCCAGAGAGCAAGUGCAGCCGUGGGGCCCUGUACACAGGCUUUUCUGUCCUGGUGGCUCUGCUCCUGGCCGGCCAGGCCACCACUGCCUACUUCUUGUACCAGCAGCAGGGGCGACUGGACAAGCUGACGGUCACCUCACAGAGCCUGCAGCUGGAGAGCCUGCGCAUGAAGCUCCCCAAGUCUGCCAAACCUUUCAGCAAGAUGCGGAUGGCCACCCCCAUGCUGAUGCAGGCGCUGCCCCUGGACGGUGUGGCCCAGGGGCCUAUGCGGAGUGCCACCAAGUAUGGCAACAUGACACAGGACCAUGUGAUGCACCUGCUCCUGGCGACUGAUCCCCUGAAGGUCUACCCGCAGCUGAAGGGGAGCUUCCCAGAGAACCUCAAAUACCUUAAGAGCAGCAUGCAGAGCCUGGACUGGAAGAUCUUUGAGAACUGGAUGCAUCAGUGGCUCUUGUUUGAAAUGAGCAAGAACUCGCUGACAGAGAAGCCCACUGAGGCUCCACCAAAAGUACUGACCAAGUGCCAGGAGGAGGUCAGCCGCAUCCCUGCCAUCCACCCUGGCAUGUUCAGGCCCAAAUGCGACGAGGACGGCAACUAUAUGCCGCUCCAGUGCUACGGGAGCACCGGCUACUGCUGGUGUGUUUUCCCCAACGGCACCGAGGUCCCCCACACCAGGAGCCGUGGGCGCCAUGACUGCAGCGAGCCACUGGAGAUGGAGGACCUGCCGUCCGGGCUGGGCAUGGCCAAGCAGGAUCUGGGCCAAGCCAUGUGAGAACAGCAGACGCCAGUGCCAGCAUGCAGCCAGCCCUGCACGGCCUGCUUCCUUGCUGCCCCUCCCUGAGCCCCAGCCUCUCCUUCCCUCACACACCCCUCCUCUCCCUGCCUCUUCCACCCUGCACCUCAUUCCGCGACUGCUGCUGGCUCCAUCAUCCUGGGACACACCAAAUCCCACCAGAACAGCACACAUGAUGCAGGAGGGCCCUGCUGCCUAGCCCUCUGCCACCGGCAGGGAUGUAAGGCCUAGGUAAUGGGCCCAGAGCUGGGCUGAAGCCCCAUUUCAGUCUCCAGCAUGGAACCAGGUCCAUGGACAAGGCGGAAGGUGCAGGCAGAGGGAUGAUGCUUCCCCAGGCUGGACACAUUUGUUGUCCCCGCCUCCCCUUCUAGCUUUGGCCUCAGCUUUCCCACCUAACUGGGGGGAUGGGCUGCCCUUUCCCGCUCCCCAGCACCACUCCCGGAGGAAGAACCCACUUCUGCGCCCAGAGCCCCUCCUUUCUGCCAACUCCCUGUUCCCUGUGCGCAGCCAUGCUUGUUACCAGCCCUCAGGGCCAAGGCUCCUGUGAGAAUAAGAGGUAGUAAGUAGAACA